AUGGCCGACAUCGCCCCCCUCGCCGCCCAAACCCUCGCCCAAGACACGCACCUCACGUCCACGCCCUCCACCGCGCCCCCCACCUCCGCCGACUCCCCCCCCAAGCUCGCCGUCGGCCACGACUCCAUCGACGACGACGAUGACGACGGCGACGACGACGCCGCCUCCAUCUCCCCCUCGCUCAUCGACGAGCCGCCAGCAAGCCGGCUGCCGACGCUGCCGGACCUCCGCUUCGAGCAGAGCUACCUAGCGAGCAUUGCGGCGGCCGAGGGCGUGUGGUGGAAGAUUGCCCUCAUCACGCUCAAGGACCAGUGCCUGAUGCCCAUGCUGCAGGGCGUGGGGUAUAAUCUGUUUGUGAUGGGCUUUAGGGCGUGGAAUCGGGGGGCGAAGUUUGCGGGCGCGGGGGUGGGAGGUGAGUUCAUUCUUUGUUUUUUUACGGGGGCGGGGUGUUGGGGGGAGGGAGUGGGGAGUGGUUAA